CUUCAUAUUACAUAGAUCUAUGACAGAGUAUCAAUAACCCAAACCCCUCCGCCCUCUCUCUUCUCCCUCUAGCUUUAGUAGCUUGAGGCGGGUUCACUUAAGAAAUGUCUGACCAGGACGGACAGAUCCCCUAUAGUGGGUCUGGUACGACUCCUAGAGGCCGUGCUCGUCUACCAUCCAGUAGGCGUCGGGAUAAACCGCAACUUUCUUGCAACUUCUGCAGGACACGAAAAUUAAAAUGUAAUCGAGAACACCCCUGUAGCACCUGUGCACGACGAGGUGUGGGCCCGUCUUGUACUUACGCUUCAAAUUUGCCGCCCCACGAUGGACCAAACCAGCCGGACAGGGCUUCUCUAAGUGUACAAGAUAGGAUACAACAGCUGGAGGACCUCGUAGUCAAUUUAAUGAAGACGUCGGGGAUAACCCCCAUUCCAGAGUCUCCAAGCUCUAAAUCGCCGACCGGCUCUACCCUCGCCCCUACUCCAGCCAAGCAAACUCACGAAACCCACGAAGAUGCUUCGCCCACAUCAGACUGUGGAAGUAUGAAGUUGAGCGAAGCGAGCGUGAGCUACGUGAGUGGCUCUCACUGGGCGUCCAUUCUUGAAGGGAUAGGUGAGCUCAAGGAUCAUCUCGAGGAGGAAGAGUCGCAAACUAUUCAUCACGUCACUGAAACCCCUGAAUUCGACAUACCAGGGCCCCAGUUGCUGUAUGGUUGCCCGAGACAUGCGACUAAGGAGGAACUCUUGGCCUCUGUGCCUCCUAGACUGGUUGUGGACCGAUUAGUUUCGCACUACUUUAAUUAUUUCGAGAUGUCUCCCGCAGCCGUCGUACAUCCAAUCCAGUUCCUAAAAGAGUACGAGCAAUUCUGGGAAUCUCCAUCCGCCACGUCCGUCAUCUGGUUAGGCCUUUUAUUCGCUAUCAUGUCCCUCUCAGCUCAUUUUCAAAUGUUCAGAAUUGACCCGGGAGAGCGGUUUCUACCUAGUACACCCCCUGGGACCGAUCUGCAGACCAUGAAAGAAUUGUUUGGGCAGAAUACGGUACAAUGCCUCAUCCUGGGCAGGUAUACAAGAGGAGGUCCGUAUGUUGUAGAGACGAUGGUUCUUUACUUUGCCAAAGAAUACAUUGUCUGUAGGGAUGCCGAUAUGGGCGUUUGGAUUCUGUUGAGCACAAUUGUGCAGAUUGCCAUGCAUACGGGCUACCAUCGGGACCCAAAGCACUUUACAGGAAUGUCACCUUUCGUUGGAGAGAUGCGAAGGCGUGUUUGGAAAACCCUGGUUGAGCUCGACCUCUCGAUUUCUGCUCAGAUGGGUCUCCCGAGGUUGAUUAAAGAAGAACAAACUGACACAGAAGAGCCUCGUAACCUUCAUGACAGCGAUUUUGAUGCAGACACGAUAGAGUUACCUCCCGCAAGACCAAACACAGAGCUGACAGCUAUGUUAAUUCGUCUCAGCAAGUCUCGAUUGAUGUCAUCUUUGGGUUUGGUAUGGGAUCUUGCCGCUGAUAUUAGACCUCAUACGUACGCCGAGGUGAUGAGCAUAGAUAAGAAACUCGAGGAAACACAUGCGUCCAUCCCCGACUGCCUUAGAUGGCGGUCCAUGGCUCAGAGUAUCACCGAUUCACCAAAGAUAAUUAUGCAUAAAGUCUUCCUAAAGAUUAUAUUUUAUAGGACCAAGAUAGUCCUCCAUCGGCAGUUUAGCCGUACCAAGACACCACAACAACACGCCUAUUCCAGAGAAGCCAUUCUGGAUGCGUCCUUCAAUCUCCUCGAGUGCCAACAUAUGCUCGACGAGGAGACGCAGCCAUUUUGUCGGUUAUAUGACGAGCGUUGGAGGGUUUCAUCCUUAGUAUCUCAUGACUUUCUCCUUGCCACCAGCGUUCUUUGCCUCUACCUCCAAGAGAGUUCAGGCGAUGUCGGACAAGCCGCCCAGUCUACGUUAGUAGAGAAGAUCCUGAAAUAUCUUGAAACUUCCUAUUCCAUAUGGCUUCGACGCAGUACCACAUCGAAGGAGGCGCAAAAGGCCGCGAAAGCUGUUAGCAUUGUUAUUCAGAAUCGCCGGGCUUCUAACAAGACGCUUGAUUUCAAACCUACAGUCUCGGAGGAAUGGAUGUCCUGGCUAGAUUGGCCUACUAAGUCCUUCCCAUCAUCAGAGUCCUGGAAUAACCAAGGCCUUCAAACAUCUGAUGCAACCAUAAAUGCGCUAGGUCCAGCUCAGUGGCCUUUCGGCCUGUAGUGAUGGAAUCAUCCAGACCACUCUUACGCUCGAUUGUCCGCGUCAUUUUAACCGUCGAUGUAAGUGAGUUUUUGGCUAGAGACCCCGGAGGUUUAUUUACGGUUCAGGGGUUCAGGGGUAAAUCUUCCGAUCGGUAAACACCACUAAGCAAAACCACUUUGCACAUAAGCUCACAUGAAUAAAAAA